AUGCGGAUAGAGACGUGCUACUUUUGCUCGUCUCCAAUCUAUCCAGGUCAUGGAAUCCAAUUUGUUAGGAACGAUUGCACGAUAUUCAAAUUUUGCCGAUCCAAGUGCAACAAGCUGUUCAAAAAGAAGAAAAACCCGAGAAAGUUGAGAUUCACCAAGGCAUCCCGUCGAGCACGAGGAAAGGAACUUGUCAAUGAUUUUACUCAACUGUUGGAGCAGAAAAGAGAUGAGCCUGUAAAAUAUGAAAGGGAAUUAUUUAAGAACACUGUAGAAGCAGCAAAGACGAUUUCGACUCUAAAACAUAAGAGAUAUGCCAAUCUAAUCCGCAAAUCCUUGCAACCGGGCAAGAUUGUGAAGAAGGCUGGUAUGAUCAAGAAAGCUGAAACCAAGCUCCAUCUCAUUCGCGCUCCACUUGCUACAAAGGAACCUGUUACGCAGAAGCAAAAGCAGAAAGAACAAGCUAUGGAACUCAACUAA